CUCUGUAUUCAUUCGUACUCGACAGUGUUGAUACAUACAUACAUACAGGGUUUUGGCAAUUGCGGCGAUGGGCUCAAGACCGGAGUCUGUGGCGCCACCGGAGUUAUUCUACGACGAUGUCACCGCACGCAAGUAUACCUCUAAUUCCAGAAUCAUCAAAAUUCAGACUUCAAUGACUGAAAGAGCAUUGGAAUUACUCAAUUUACCCAAAAACGGUGCUCCUAAAUUACUCCUUGACAUUGGUUGUGGAUCGGGACUUAGCGGUGAGACAAUCACAGAGAGUGGACACCAUUGGGUUGGUCUUGAUAUUUCACCCUCAAUGCUUGAUAUUGCAUUGGAGCGCGAGGUUGAGGGUGACCUUUUACUCAGUGACAUGGGUCAGGGUUUAGGGUUUCGUUUUGGAACGUUUGAUGGGGCCAUUGGUAUAUCUACAAUCCAGUGGUUAUGUAAUGCUGAUAAAUCCUCUCACAACCCUCGACUAAGAUUGAAGGCUUUUUUUACAACUUUAUACAGAUGCUUGACAAAUAGUGCUAGAGCAGCAUUUCAAUUAUAUCCUGAAAAUAUGGAUCAGUGUGAAUUGAUUAUUAUGGCUGCACAGGAAGCUGGAUUUAAAAAGCCGUCGUAUGUGGUGGAUUAUCCAGAAAGUUCUAAGAGGAAAAAAAUAUUUCUUUUUCUCGCAUGUGGUGAAAAUGUACCCUUGCCCAAAGGUAAAGAAGAUGAAGAUGAUGUCAGCAAAGGUGAAGAAAAUAAAAGAGUAUAUAUCUUUGACCGACAUAGGCCUCGGAAGAAACAGAAAAAUAAUAACAGCGGAAAGGGAAGGGAAUGGAUAAUGAGGAAGAAGGAGCAGCAGAGAAGAAGAGGAAAUGUUGUUCCUCAAGAUACCAAGUACACUGGUCGAAAACGGAAAAGUUCUUUUUGAUAUAGUUAAAAUAUUAAAAUAUUAAAAGGUAAUGAUAUAGUUAUUGAUAGAUGAUAUAAUGUUAUUAGCGAGACUUAUUGCAAAUCAUAUUUAUGGAGUAAUAUUAUUUUUUGUUUGAAUUA